AUGUCCGCCUCAUUAGCACCAGAGUGUAAUGAAGUCAAGGAGUAUACAAUAGCACAGCUUGGAUCAAUAGGAUGUUGGCUAAUAUUGAGCAGGCGCUACGAUACGUGCUUCUUGAAAUGGUACAGCGAGAAGUACCUCCGGGGCACAGGAACGGACAACAACGAGUGCGCCGACCUGUUUAAGAACUACCAGAAAUGCCUGACGGUGGCGCUGAAGGAGCGCGGCAUCGAUAAAAUGUUGGACGAGGCACGGGAGGACAGCAAGGAGAACGAUGCGAAUUAUAUGGGACGCAAAUUGUCCCAGAGAACAGCCCCCGAGACUCCAAGACGUCCAGUCCUCAAUGCGCAAAAGCUCGUCCCUGGCUCUCUCUUCCAACAUCGGCCGCGUACCAAGUACCCACGCCCACCUCCCGUCUCCGGUUCCCCCAUCCACCUCAGUCCAGUCCAGUCCAGUCCCUUCUUUUCCCCAGACAACACGCGCGAUAAACACGAUUCGCCGUAUUCGCACGACCUUGACCUGGACCUUACCUCGAGCUCUUCCUUCCGCCGGCCAUCUUUUCCGUCCCUCGUCACCGAGAGAUCCGAACCCCUUCCAAGCUCGAGUCAAGUUCGCGAUCCGGACCCUGGCAUCUCCCUCGAAGCUCCCCUCGUCUCCCCGCAGUCGCAAACCCGCAAUUCGACAUUGAACCUUUUCGAGAACCCAAGCCUACCGCAAACUCCUUGGCGACAAGCCUCGGCAUGCACUGCCCAAGGGAAUAGCGAUUCUAUGCACCCCCUCUCCGUUCUCAGCCUUGGGAUCUUCGUAGCCGGCUACAUCACCGCUCGAUGGGACCUGGUUACUCGCCUCUAUGAGCUUGCCAUUUUUGCUUGGAACUACGGAGUCGUGACUCGCGCCGCCAAAGGUUUCGCGCUCCUGUCUCUCGUCUUCCUCCUCGUCUUCAUCCCAGUGGAACGCCUAGCCACGAGGGAGGCGCACCUGCCCGGACAUGUCGAAUUCGCCCUCAAGGCGGGCACGCUUUUUCGCAACUCGCCUCACCCCGUCAACAGCAUCUACGAGCGAUGUGGUCAUGGAGCCAUGCAUGUCUUGGGCCUCACUAACCCUAAAGACGCCAUCGUCCUGGACCACUCCCUGUUCGUCGCAACGACGCCUGCGAAUGCGAAGGCACCCCGAAUUACUUGCGUCAGGGCAUUAAGCAUCCAGAUCAUCCUCUACGACCGGCCGCGCCCCGGACGAAUGCAAUACAUCUCGCUGAACCCGAUAUCUCUUGCUCUUGGCAACAAGGAGGCGCCGAGCCUACCACCGACGGAACACAUGGCGGAGGAGGAAAAGCAGGAGCUAAAGGUGAAGGAGCAAAAGAAGAAACUGGUAGAAAAGCUGAAGCAGCACACCAUUAUCAAGCGAUCGCCGUCACCGAAAGAGAGGGCUUUGCCAAAGAUCGUGAACCAGAUCAAUUGGGCAUGGGAGUUGGAGCAGUUGUUGCAGAAGAACAUCUCCCGGAUCGGCACCAGGCCUAAGCGGACCUUGAGCGUCUCGGAACGGGUGGUGGAACAUGCGACAACGAUGCGAAACUUCGUAUGGGAUCUGUUGAUCUUCUAUUUGCUACCGCUUAUCCAAUGGGGGUUCGUGUACAUGCUCAUGGGCCACAGGACGGUAGCGGAGUUCCUGCUUCAGAUUUUGGAGUUCCGGCUGAAGGACAACUACCUGGCUUUGAAGGAUAUAUCGGCAACGGCGCAACAGGUGGAAAUUCGGCUCCAGCAGUUUUGCUAUUGGCCAAUGCAGUACACGACGCUACGGCAACGCAAGAACGACUGGGAGAGCGUCACGACAAGCCAUCCCGAUUACAUCAGGUUCUACAACAGUUUGUGGCUAGUCGCGAACGAUGUCAUCAUUGGCAUUGCGCUGGGGUCGUACAUUAUCGACAAUGCCGAUUGGGUUGCGAACGCCAUUAGCGAGCUGCUCAGCAAGUACACCGUCGAAGCGCUCCAGCGAAGCAUAUCAUGGCUGAUGGGGUGGCCCGCUGGUCUUAAACUCAACAGCGAGUUGGCAUUGUUUCUCGGCGACCUGUUCCUCUGGGUCAUCGAUUACUGGUCAAACUGCAUCGCUGCGCUCCAGCCUCUGCUCCCUCACAUCAUCUGGUUCAUCGGCUUCUCAAGUUUCGCCGGCGCCAGCAUGCCCAUCGCCAUGUUCUCGGAUCUCCUCUCGGUUCUGACCGUCCACAUCUACUCGUUUUACCUCGCAUCUGCGCGCAUCUACCACUGGCAGCUGACGAUCCUCAUCUCCCUUUUCCAUCUCUUCCGCGGCAAGAAGCACAAUGUCCUCCGUAACCGUAUCGACUCGUGCGACUACGACCUCGACCAGCUUCUCGUCGGCACCAUCCUCUUCACCCUCCUGUUCUUCCUCCUUCCCACGGUAGUCGUUUUCUACCUCAACUUUGCCAUCGCUCGAAUGGUCAUCAUCUCCCUGAAGGCCGUCUUCGACACGAUGCUUUCUUGUUUGAACCACUUUCCUCUUUUCGCACUGAUGUUACGGGUCAAAGACCCGAGACGACUUCCAGGCGGCAUUCGUUUUGAACUUCGAGAUACCCAUGAUUAUAGACUUAGUAAUACUUCCAACGAAACACCAACCUCCGUCAUCUACCUCAAGUCCAUCCCCCUCACCUUCCGCGCAAUGUUCCACCAGUACUUCCAGAUGGGAAACCGCAUUCGCAAGCACUACCUCUCGCCCGGCGUUCUCUUCUGCCUCCUCACCGGCAAAUUCGUCCCACCCCUCAACCGCAAGAACCUGUACAGCCUGCAGUACAGCAUGCUGCCCGCGCGGAGGGCAGGCAUCCGCCAGAUGUGGGACGCCAUCACAACGAGGCAUCCGGCGAGGAAGACGGUACCCUUCGUUAUCAACGGUAAGAGGUACCCUUCUGGGAUGGGCGGCGGUGGGAGGACGAGGUAUCAUCAUUAG